AUGGCCACCAAGGAGCAUGCUGCAUACGACCUCGGUGGGGUGGUGACAAACAGUCGCAAGGAGGGGGAGACCACCAACAACAAACCAAAGAGACCCGGUACCCUCAAGGAGAUGCAUUGCCUCCAUCCGGGUGACCUCUAUCCCUACACCAGGAAACCUCUCUUCCUCAUUGUGGACAGUGACAACAGCUCAGCCUUCCAGAACUUCCCGAACCUUUUUGGUCAGCCUGUGGUGUGCCUGCUAUCACCUGAACAGGUCCCCACCACCAUGCAAGACAUGCGUCAAAAGGGUAACCUGUUCACGCUGUUCCUCCACUGCCCCUUGAUGGCAUUCUGUCAUGUAUGUAACAUCAUUGAUAUCCCCAUCACGCUGUGGGACAAGUGUCAGAGUCAAGUGGACAAGUUCAUGGCAGAGGCCAGCAAGCUGUUUGUCAGGUCUAGAUCUAUAGACCAUGCCUAUAUGCAGCUUAUCGGGGACGACUUUCUUCGUCUGCUCAUGCUCAGAUUUGUCUUCUGCUACAUUGUCCUCAUUCUGCACAGAGGCUUCAAGGGUCCUAGCUUCUAUCCGAUGUCACACCCCACUCUCCCAACCGAAGAAAUCCUUGAGCACGCGACCUUGUGUAAAAUUGUGCUCGAUCUAUCGGUGGUUCUUGACUGUCGACCUCUGUUUGCUGAACCUGGUGAUGCUGACAUGAGCGUCAUGACGUGAACAGAAUAGGAAUCUCGUGGAAACGUUGUUUCUAUCACGAAGUAGUUGAACCUCGCUCUGUGAAAGGGGUUUAAUGCAUGUGCGUAAAGUGUCGUUCCAGAAUAGCGUGCAGUCAGCUCAGAAAAAUCAGGGACGACUUUUUCUGCUUUUAUUGUAUUGUUUUGUUCGAAGGAAGACUCUUCUUGACAAAAAUCCAGUGAAGGCAGAAAGUGUCAUCCCUGAUUAGCCUAUGCGGAUUGCACAGGCUAAUAUGGGAUGACAUUGUAUGCACAUUCAUUAAAAAACGUUUUCACAGAGCAUGGCUCAGGUAAAUAAUUUUAUAAGAAACUUUUUAUUUAUUUUUUAGUUGAUUGAAAAAAUUGUUUUACCUUUAUAUGUUUAGUUUUUGGACAUUAUGUUUAAGAACGUUUAAAAAGUAUUAAAUUGCAGUGUGUAACUAUUACUGAAUGGUGAGUUGUUAUGGUUUAUGAUGCAGUAUUUGUAAUUUGACAAUGUGACCAUAUGUGCCCAUAAGAAUAGUAUGGGGUGAACUGGUAGUAAAUAUGGAGUAUGGAGAGAACAGAACAAAAUUGUGGUGUGGUUAUAUGCUGAAUUCAUUUUUACUUCUAGUCAAUAAAUUAAUUAUACGAAGAGAUUUUACAACCAUGUGUACAUGCAAAUUGAUUGAGCUGGAGUAAAAACUAGUGAAUGGAUUUAUUUAUACAGAUAGCAUUUACGUACUUAUUGACUUGCUGUGCGCUUUGAUUAAGAAUUUAUGUAAUAUAACAGGGAUAUUACAGGUAUAAGUGUAUGUGGACAUUAUAAUUGUUGAUACGGACCAAACAUCAUUGUAUCAUCAUGUUUACUGUACAUUGUUAAAUUAGUUUUAUCAUCCAUCAUCUGGUCUUUGGAGAAAAAAGCCCUUGAAGAAUUUGUAUUGGUUUUAUUCAUUAAACAGCCUCACAGCUUGAUAUGGUCCUUAAUCAAUUGUGUAUACUCAUAAAUGUAUGAUACUCUAUGUUUCCAUUUGCACAAUGUUAUAUAUAUAUAUGCUGCAUCAUGCGAAAAUGGGUCUUAUGCCAUGUGCGACUUGUCUCCAGACCAGCCUGCACAAUCCUGCAUUCUGGUCAGGAGCUCUGCUGUACAUAAAGUCAAGCAAGGUUUCAUGGUCCCAUUAACAGACAGGGUAACCCCUUGCCAGACUAUGCAAAUGCCCAGCCUGGUCUGGAGCAAUUCUGGCCGCAUAUGGCAUAAGACCCAUUAUCGAAUGACACAGCUCAUGUGUAGUAGAUAUAUUUAUUACAGACACCGAUAAUACUGGUAAUGCUAGGCACCUGAAUGAUAGUGAUUUAUGCUAUGAAAGCCUGUUUGUGCAUCAUGUAUAGAGUUAAAAUCAAAUACUGUCUUUCAGUGUCAUAGUUCAUGUAUAUUGUAUAUAUGCAUGUGUGUGCCCAUUUACCUUUAUAUUCAUAAACACAGCUUUUCCAACAAACAUGUUUUUUUUAAUCUGCUUUUUUUCUGCCACCUUAUAUCAAAGCCCUUAUAUAACACACCCUUAUUGCCAAUUUACCACAAUUGUUUAUAAGUAUAGUUGCAGCUUUUUUUUAACAUAAUCAUGUUUAAUAAUUUUGUCAUAUGUGAUUGUUUUUUCUUUGCAAGCAUAUGUUAAGUGCCAUUUUCUGUAAAAUACUGUUUUGUUCUGGAAAUAGUGUUGCACUCUGGAAAGGCAAUGAUGUGUAAGUUGCGUGAAAUCCACUAUCACACUGUAGCUAUUAUUCGUUCAUACAAUUUAUUUCCCAUGACCAAUUUCUCUUCCAACCUUAUUGCAAGAUAUUGUUAAAACACCACCCUACUUAUAGAUUUUCCACAGUUAUUUUAUGUAUAAUCUCAGAACAUUUUAAGCAUACCAAAAUAUACGUUCAGUGUUUUGAUAUGUUGAGCUUUUGAUCUGUUUUAUCUUUACAAGUAUUUUUUUCUGUACAUUAGUUCCAUGGUAUACUGAAUCAUGAUUUUGUAAUAGAUGUUUUGGGUUCUAAAAAAUUAUUUGUUAUUCCAUAUUUAUUUGGAACUAUAUCAAACGCAUUCCGUUUUUACCAUAGUGAUCGUUUUAAUAUCAUUCCAAUCAUAUUUAAAGAAUUGUGAUUUAUAAUUGAUCACUUAUUUACUUCAGACUAUUCCAUAUGUGGCAGACCAAAUAACUUUCAAACUGUACACAUACAUUAAAUUCCAGUAUUUUGUUGUUUAUUUUUGUUUGUUUUGUGCCACGUUAGUCUGUAUUUUUGGCUAAUAUAACAUAAAUUUUUCAGUUUAUUUGUUCCAGUUUUAAUCCAAAUUUCAUGAUAAUUUGUUUGGAAAAAAAAUUGAUGGAGUAAAUGAAUUCUUUUUUGAAAAGAACAAUAAAAUAAAGAACAUGAAAAUAAAUGUUGACACUUUGUUUAAUUCUCAAAAUAAUGGGGUAAUCACAAAACAACUUGUAUUUAUCUCAAUGAAGUGUUACGAAACAUCUUGUAUUUAUAUCAAUGAAGUGUUACAAAACAACUUGUAUUUAUCUCAAUGAAGUGUUACAAAACAUCUCGUAUUUAUCUCAAUGAAGUGUUACAAAACAACUUGUAUUUAUCUCAAUGAAGUGUUACAAAACAUCUUGUAUUUAUCUCAUUGAAGUGUUACAAAACAACUUGUAUUUAUCUCAAUGAAGUGUUACAAAACAUCUUGUAAUAUCUCAAUGAAUUGCUUUACACUAAUUCUUGAUGUGCUAUAAUAUUGUGUUCAUGUUUUGUUGUUAGGUUUUGUUGUUCUCAUUAUGGGGCAAACACACGAAACCAUUAUAAAUUAUUCCAUGUGUUUUGCGAUUUGUUUCUUGUGGAUUUUUUUUUACAUUUUGAACACAUUCCUGUUUUUUGCGUUCAAUCAUAUGGAAAAUAUCAGAAAGAACAUGUGGAAGUACUGUUCAGAGAUUUUAAUUGAUCAUUGUUAUCUAGUGUCAUACAAGACAAUGAAAUAUUUCGCUACAGUGAAAUAGAAAGGUAUUGUUUAGCCUUCAUGUGGGAAUAAGUUUAAUGUUUAUGUUAUGUUCUUGUCUGAUUUAUUUAUGUAAUUAUCUUGCCAUAGCAACUGUGUUUUUAAUUUGUUAUUAUUUUACAAGAUUCUGAGGUUUUGUGGAGCAUUAUGACAUGUGCCAUGAGUCAAUUAAAUGCUUUUGUUGAAAAAAUAUAUGAUCAGAUAUUAUAUACACUAUAUUGGUAGCUUAGCGGAUUAAAAUUUACAUUGAAAUGCGUGGUUUAGAUACUAAGCAAGUGGGCAUCAAAUAAAAGUUGUGCAUUUAUUUGUUACUUUUUUGGUCAGUUUUCAUAUUUACCUUUCAAACUAUUGCUCUUUCAAAUAAUAAUUGUAGAAAUAUUUUACUUGCAUUCUGUGAAAACUUGCCUUUAUGCAUGUGCGUAGUGUCGUCCCAGAUUAGCCUGUGCAGUUCAUACAGGCUAAUUAGGGAUGAACAUUUUUGCUCUUAAAUCAAUUUUUGUUUAGCAGAGACUUGCUUCAAACAAAAAAUUACACAAAAACCUAAAGUGUUGCCCUGAUUAGCCUGUGUGGACUGCACAUGGUAAUCUGGUAUGACUUUACGCUCAUGCAUUAAGCCCAGUUUUGCCAGAGCACUGCCUAUAAAGUUGACUAAGCUAGUAAGUAGAAGUGUUGUUCCCACAACAAAGUUUACACUAAUGUACAAAUACAUGUGUGCAUUAAGUUCAUUCAAGAAUAUGUACCUACAGUGUACAUGUUAAUCAAACCUUUGUUUUAUCUAAAUUAGUAUUUGAAAUAAGUGUUUCGAAUAAAUUUCAGUUUGAAAAAGUGAGUGUUGUAGUUAUGGCAUUAUUUUGUUUCAUUUAUUUUCUGUGAUAUUAUUGUCUGUGUUAUAUUUAUUUACCUUUUUUGUAUUUUCCCCUUUGUUACAGAAGGCUUAUCAGUGUAGAUAAUUUUGAGGUUUUCAAGUUGUCCUAUUUAUAGAAGUAAAAUCAGAUCUUGCUAGCAGUGAUACAAGACACAUAUGUUGUUUGCAUUUGCCUUUUUCUGUUUAAUAAUAAAAUGGUAGCUGAAUUGUCAUGUAUAAAAAUCCAUUUUUUUUAUUGUCAGAAAACAUUUGUCUCAAUUUAUGAGCAGUUUUAAUCAAACUCAUAUUUGCUUAAAAUUAAUAUAAUUUUUCUUCUCAUUAACUUCGAGGCAAAAUUCCAUAAACCAAUUUCUUGAUUUAUUAUGCCCCCUUGAAGAAGAGGGGGUAUAUUGUUUUGCACAUGUCGGUGGGUCGGUCCGUCCACCAGAUGGUUUCCGGAUGAUAGCUCAAGAACACUUGGGCCUAAAAUCGUGAAACUUCAUAGGUAUAUUGAUCAUGACUGGCAGAUGACCUCUAUUGAUUUUUAGGUCACUAGGUCAAAGGUCAAGGUCACAGUGACUCGAAAUAGUAAAAUGGUUUCCCGAUGAUAACUCAAGAAUGCUUUGGCCUUGGAUCAUGAAACUUCAUAGGUACAUUGAUCAUGACUGGUAGAUGACCCCUAUUGAUUUUCAGGUCACUAGGUCAAAGGUCAAGGUCACAGUGACUCGAAAUAGUAAAAUGGUUUCCGGAUGAUAACUCAAGAAUGCUUACGCCUAGGAUCAUGAAACUUCAUAGGUACAUUGAUCAUGACUGGUAGAUGACCCCUAUUACUUUUCAGGUCACUAGGUCAAAGGUCAAGGUCACAGUGACUCAAAACAGUAAAAUGGUUUCCUGAUGAUAACUCAAGAAUAAUUAGGCCUAUGAUCAUGAAACUUAAUAGGUACAUUGAUCAUGACUGGCAGAUGACCCCUAUCGAUUUUUAGGUCAAAGGUCAAGGUCACAGUUACAAAAAACGUAUUCACACAAUGGCUCCCACUACAACUGACAGCCCAUAUGGGGGGCAUGCAUGUUUUACAAACAGCCCUUGUUAAUUUGAAAUCAAUUGUUUUGAAUCUAGCAUAAUUACCAAUAACAAACAUUUUAUAUUUGUUUAUCUUCACCAUGUAACUCAGUAUUGUAUCUCUUCAGUUUGAAGUGUUUUUACCAUUUACUUGAAUAAUAAACACUUUGUAAUUA